AUGGCGGUCAAGGUGACUGUCAAUAUUUCUUAUCAGAAAUUGAUAUUACCUGUAUUUAAGUUGUUUAUUUCUAUUGGAUAAGGACUUAAGCGUAUUGAUGCGGAAGCAUAUAUUAUUUACUUUUUUUAAGCGAACAGAAUGGUCCUCUUUCAGCAUCUUUUCGUGGUCACGUCGGCCUUGGAGAGAGAAUUUAGUAAUGUUUACCUUGUUACAGUGUGUCGUUUAUUGAUCUAAUGGAAGUUAUUCCGCUACUUUAAUUGUAUAGCAAGUUUAUUGCUGUGAAGGUCGAGUAGACGGUUCAAUAAUGAUCAUGGCAAAGGCGACUGUUGCUGCUGGCAGGGCUGAAAUUCAACUGUAGACUACGAGUCCUGUGUUUUUGCUUUUUCAAACAUCGAAACUUCAGAGACAAGCAACCGAUUAUUCAAUGCAGUAAUGAUUUUAUUAUAUUGUAGACAAUGCGGUGUCGUUGCGUCCUAUGUCAUUGUCAUACUCUCAUUGCAUUACCAGAUUCCUCAGGGUUUGGCUUUGAUGACUCCAACUGUAUGUUUUAGGUAGAAACAACCGCAAGAGGCGAUUCCAAUGAACUAAGGACUAUAUUUCUGAAGGUAAGACUGUCAGUCACAAGGGGAUCUUUAACCCAAUAUUGCUAUGGCACUAAAAACAUCAUUCUUUAUAUUCUUUGAGUCUGAAUGCAGCAGUUCAACUCUUAUUAUUAUCUAUCCUGUUGCCUAGUCACUUUACCCUGACUUCAUGUACAUAUCUACCUCAAAUACCUCGUACCUCUGCACAUUGAUCUGGUACUGGUACUCCCUGUAUAUAGUUCCAUUCUUGUGUAUUUGAUUUUAUUCCUCUUUUGUUACCUUUUUUAUUUGAAUUAUUAUAUACAUAUUUUUUAAACUCUGCAUCUUUGGGAAGCAAGCAUUUCACGGUAAAGUCUACACCAGUUGUAUUCGGCGCAUGUAAAAGUUGAUUUAAUUUUAAUUUGAAAAGAGCAUGUAACUUUACAUUGGUUGUCUUCAAUGAUAUAAGGUUAUAACCUUGAUUGUAUGGCAAAGCUACAGUUAAACAAAGUUAAAUAUGAUAUUAUUGGCAGCAGGCCUACUAUGAGACCAUAAUUUAAGUCUCUCUCUCUCACACACACACACACACACACACACACACACACACACACACACACACACACACACACACACACACACACACACACACACAGUCACACAGAGAGAGAGAGAGACUGAGCGUGCUGCGUCUACUGUCCAAUACUACAAGGAAAGGUCACACAAUGCUUGGACUAAUUCUGGCUCCCGUUCACUGAGGAAUUUCUCCUUCCCUGACUUCUUUUAGGCUGUGACAUUUGCUUGGAUUUUCAGAUGUCUGGAAGAUUCAGAUGUUUUUGCUAAUAAUUUGGACUAUGCAUUCUUGUGCUUUACAAAGUCCCACAUAGUACCAAGAAGAAGGGUGUAAGGCCAUUGAUUGGAGGAAAAUAUGCCUCCAGCAACAGACAGCGUUAGGGAGGGACUUAUUAUUUGACCUAGUACUAUUUUAGGAUCUUCUUCUUUCUUCAUACAACACUGCACUGAUUGAUCUUGAAAGCAUACCAAUUUAUAUUAGGCAUAGCUGUUCUAAUACACACGUGCAAUAAUUAGUCAUAAACAUAUCACUGUGAAAUAGAUAGUUAAUUAAUGGAUGAAAGGGCCAUUUUGUCCAAAUUGCCUGAUCUUAUCAAGAAGCACUUGAGGCUUACUGUGAAGUUGAGUUGAUGCCAAUAUAUGUAGUGAAGAAAUGGGUUAAUAAAUUGGUUGGAAUUAAUACGUUCACUUAAAAUAUUAACUAAAGAGUGUGCAGUGAGAUGUGGUCUGAAAUGCAUUCUUUGUGAAGGUCUCUCUCUCGGUCUAUCUCUCACUCUCUCCUUGGCUGUACACCCAGAGCCUGGCCUUUAUGCUCCUAGUUCAUGCAGUGAUCCAGCUUGUAACCCAACCCUGACUCUGAAACUGACCUUUUGUUUUUUAAGCCUAGAUGAGAGGUCAGUUUUAGCAACACAAGGGCAUGGGUUGCACGUUUUGCAGCAUAGCAGAAAAAACAAUGCUGUUCCAUUUUUUUUUCUAAGCAGUGCACAUGGAUUCAUUUAGAAAUGUGUGGCAGUCCCUUGCAUUGCCACAGCUAAAGCCCUAAUGUCACAUAUCAUUAUACACUGCUCUAGUACUUAUCUAUUACAUUGUACUUAAACAUCCCAUAUUGUAUAUUAAAUAUAGUAUACUGCACUGCACUUAUCUGCAUACAUUAUUUUGACAAUUAACAUGAUAGUGGUUUGUGAAGCUUUGUUGCCUUGAUGGCUUCCUACACUACACUACAGCUUGUGCUGGGUUAUUGUGGGUUAAACCACAAAACUCCCAGAUUUUUCUGUAGAAGGUAUUAUAAAGCUUGAAAGUGUAUUGAAUUGUUUUGAAAGCAAGUCUCUGAAGUUCUCUAUCUGUUUAGUCACUGCAACAACUGAAAGAAAUUACUAGAAUACGAUGAAUUGCAAAAACGAGAUGGUUUUGAACUAUGUCUGAAAAGCACAUGAUGGGAUUAAUAUAAAUCACACGGAGACAAAAUCAAUUGCGUUGACAGACACUGCAUCAGGUUGUCUGAACAAAUCAUUUAUUUUCAUAAGUUAAAAAAACAAGUGUUGUCAGAUAGCUGUUGGGGGAACAGUGAUUCAAUACAAAGACAGGCUGUUUUGGGAAAGGGACUCCCCAAAGAGUUUUGCAUGAGUAUGUUUCUAUAUUGAGUUUCUGAGCAUUUAUAUUUAACACUAACCUGGGUCUUUUGUCUCCCCUUCAGCAUGCCAGUGUGGUUGAGGAUGGGGAUCGUUACAUGUCCCCCAGGGACUUUGUGCAGAACUUCCUGGGUCUGCACAACCAGCCCGACCACAACCGUAAGACUGUGCAGCUGAUCGCUGGAGUAGCCGACACCAGCAAGGAUGGGUAAGUCUGCUCCCACUACAGGUGAGGUGGAUGAUCUUUGCUUAUAGUAACCUUGCUAUAGAAGGAGUUAAACAAGAGGUCCUUCAAGACAUCAUACAGCGAAAAUGGAAUUUAGAUUUUUGUAAGAAAAAAAGGAUCAUAACACACUAACACGUUUUGAUGACAGUUCCACUAUCUACACAAUUCCAAUGUAACCCAUGUUGAUACACACAAUGUGGUUCAAAAUGUUACAUGUAUUGGCGUAGAUAAGGAGUAGUAAAGAGAAAUCCGUAGCAAGAAGAAGUUAGGUUAAUGAUUGAUCACAAGGUUGUUCACAUUGCCUGAAUAGCCAUCUUUAUCAGUUGUUUAACACCCAUGCUUGUUUGAUUGAAUAUCCACCUGAUAAGAUAAGCGGCCAUAUUAUUUCCAUAAUAUUAUUUGGGCUUUGUAGGGACAUGUCCUUUUUUCAGAUAGUACUCUUUCUUUCUUGUCCAAACAGACUGAUCUCUUUCCAGGAGUUUCUGGCCUUUGAAGCGAUUCUGUGUGUUCCGGAUGCCCUUUUCAUAGUUGCCUUUCAGUUGUUUGACAAGACUGGCACAGGGGACAUCUCAUUUGGUAUGUACAUGGAGAUGCCCAGUGACCUGGUGUGUGGGGAUGUUCGUCCUUUUGGAUCCCAGUCCUGUCUGUUUCAUAUCAUAAUCAUAUCAUAGCUAAUGGGCACAGCAUCAGUAGAGCUUUUACCUAGGGGCAAUGACCAGACACUUUCCCAUUGUGCAAGAUCCAUUUCUAUGCAAGAAGUGGAUAUCAUAAGAUAACUAUAUCUUAUUUAUAACUAAGUACCUUGUGGAAAAAUUGGUUCUCUAUAGCUGUUUUCAGUGUAGAAAAUGAAUGUAGGUCUCUCAUUUUACUCCCAGUGCUCAAUGUGUGUUCAGUUUGUCCACUAGUGUGUUUCUCUAUACUGGGCUUCUGGAGACUGCAGAGUAGUAUAGCGUCUGUCAGUCAGCUGCUUCUAUUCUAGAGGUCUCUUCUAAGAGAAGAAUUGUCUCAGCUCUGUGCGAGCUGUGGGUAAUACCACAUCAUAACAAGUCCCAUGUGACGGGGAGAGAUGAAUCCAGCGUGACACAAAAACAGGGACAAAAGAGUUGUUGCAAUGCUCUUUGUGCAGCAUGGCACCCAUGAAAGCAGUGCUCAGACACAGAGUGACCUAGAUCUGCUUAGAACUCACACAAUAUGAAAGCACUGGGAUUGUCAGCAAGGCCAUAUUUCUUUUCUGUGCAUAUCAGGUUCCCAGAAAUGAGAUAAGGACAUACAGUGGGGUCCGAAAUUAUUGGCACCCUUAAUAAAGAUAAGCAAAAAUUAUUGCAUAAAAUAAAUAAUUCAAAUACUGAGAUUUAUUGUAUGCUCAAGAAAAUUGGGAAAUUACAUUAUUUUAUACUAAUACAAUUGCUCAGAGAAAUAAAAAAAUGUUUUUGCCGCAAGUGGAUCUUCCAGCAAGGCAAUAACCCCAAGCACACAUCAAAAUCCACAAAGAAAUGGUUAAUUGACCACAAAAUCAACAUUUUGCAAUGGCCAUCUCAGUCUCCGGACUUGAACCCCAUUGAAAAUCUGUGGUUGGAAUUAAAGAGGGCAGUCCAUAAGUGCAGACGAAGGAUAUCAAUGAUCUGGAAGGAUUCUGUAUGGAGGAAUCGAUCCCUCCCAAUGUGUUCUCCAACUCAUAAAAUAUUUUAGAAAAGGUAUUGAAAGUUAUUGAAAACAGGGGUGUCAAUACUUUUGACCCAUACCUUUUUGAGAAAAAAAAGAUUACUUGUUAAACAACAUCUAUUUCUCUGAACAAUUGUAUUAGUAUAAAAUUAUAUAAUUUCAAAUUUUUUGUUGCCAUACUAUAAACUGUAUCUCACUUUUAAUUUAUAUGAUACAGUCAUUUUUGCAUAUCUUUAUCAAGGGUGUCAAUAAUUUCAAACCCCACUGUAUAUUGUAUGGUUGUUUUGUUUUUUCUAUCUCUUGAUGUUACUCAUCAAUCUCUCAUUUGGCAGCUAAUGUGCAGGACAUCUUCAGCCAGACCACAGUGCACCACCACAUCCCUUUUAACUGGGACUGUGAGUUCAUCAGGCUACACUUUGGCAAUGACAGAAAGAAGAACCUCAGCUACCUGGAGUUCACCCAGUUUCUGCAGGUACAGUAUACAGUAGACAUUACUAGACACCUUAUGAACCAUACAAAUACAGUGCAUUUGGAAAGUAUUCAGACCCCUUCCCUUUUUCCACAUUUUGUUAUGUUACAGCUGUUAUGUUACAUGUUUAAAAAUGGAUCAAAUUAUUUUUUCCCCUCAUCAAUCUACACACAAUACCCCAUAAUGACAAAGUGAAAACAGGUUUUUAGAAAUCUUUGCACAUGUAUUUAAAAUUAAAAACAGAAAUACCUUAUUUACGUAAGUAUUUGCUAUGAGACUCGAAAUUGAGCUCAGGUGCAUCCUGGUUCCAUUGAUCAUCCUUGAGAUGUUUCUACAACCUGAUUGGAGUCCACCUGUGGUAAAUUCAAUUGAUUGGACAUGAUUUGGAAAGGCACACACCUGUCUGGAUAAGGUCCCACAGUUGACAGUGCAUGUCAGAGCAAAAACCAAGCCAUGAGGUCGAAGGAAUUGUCCGUAGAGCUCCGAGACAAGAUUGUGUCGAGGCACAGAUCUGGGGAAGGGUACCAAAACAUUUCUGCAGCAUUGAAGGUCCCCAAGAACAGUGUCCUCCAUCAUUCUUAAAUGGAAGAAGUUUGGAACCACCAAGACUCUUCCUAGAGCUGGCCGCCCGGCCAAACUGAGCAAUUGGGGGAGAAGGGCCUUGGUCAGGGAGGUGACCAAGAACCCAUUGGUCACUCUGACAGAGCUCCAGAGUUCCUCUGUGGAGAUGGGAGAACCUUCCAGAAGGACAACCAUCGCUGCAGCACUCCACCAAUCAGGCCUUUAUGGUAGAUUGGCCAUUCGGAAGCCACUCCUCAGUAAAAGACACAUGACAGCCCGCUUGGAGUUUGCCAUAAGGCAACAAAAGAACUGUCAGACCAUGAGAAACAAGAUUCUCUGGUCUGAUGAAACAAAGAUUGAACUCUUUGGCCUGAAUGCCAAGUGUCACGUCUGGAGGAAACCUGGCACCAUCCCUACGGUGAAGCAUGGUGGUGGCAGCAUCAUGCUGUGGGGAUGUUUUUCAGUGGCAGGGACUGGGAGACUAGUCAGGAUCGAGGGAAGGAAGAACGGAGCAAAGUACAGAGAGAUCCUUGAUGAAAACCUGCUCCAGAGCGCUCAGGACCUCAGACUGGGGCGAAGGUUCACCUUCCAACAGGACAACGACCCUAAGCACACAGCCAAGACAAUGCAGGAGUGGCUUCGGGACAAGUCUCUGAAUGUCCUUGAGAAACUCCCCAAUUACAUGUGUGCCAAGCUUGUAGCAUCAUACCCAAAAAGACUCAAGGCUGUAAUCGCUGCCAAAGGUGCUUCAACAAAGUACUGAGUAAAGGGUCUGAAUACUUAUGUAAAUGUGAUAUGUCCGGGGUUGUUUUGUAAUACAUUUGCUAAAAUUUCUAAAAACCUGUUUUUUCUUUGACGUUAUGGGUAUUGUGUGUAGAUUGAUGAGGGGAAAAAACGAUUUAAUCCAUUUUAGAAUAAGACUGUAAUGUAACAAAAUGUGGAAACAGUCAAAGGGUCUGAAUACUUUCCAAAUGCACUGUACAUGUUUUUUAAAUAACUUUCAUGCAGGAAGUUAUUUUUCUAUCAUGGUUUAGAUCAGGGCUGUUCAAUGUCGGUCCUGGAGGGCCGAAACACUUCUGGUUUUAAUCCUCUCCUUCUAAUAAGGGACUAAUUCAGACCUGGGACACUAGGUGAGUGCAAUUAACUACCAGGUAGAAACAAAAAACAGAAAUGUUUCGAGCCCUCCAGGACUGGAAUUGAACAUCUCUGGUUUAGAUAGACAAGGGCAUAUUUUAAUAGCAUAACAAAUACACAAUUAUGUAAUGUAUUAAAGCUGUAACACAUAUAUGUAAUCACUGAAACAGGGAGGGCCAUGUAUGUAUUAAUUUUAUAUGAGCCAUAAACCAUUAGUAUGGCUGUGGACGUAGCUUGUUUGGAAUGAUGGGGUUUGUGGGUUCAUAUGCAGCUGGGUGGUCUGGGACUUGGCUGGGGUUCCGCUACUCUACUGUGUGUAAACCCUCAUAGCAGUUUGCGGUGGAUCAUGGUUGACUAAGGGUUCCCACCAGCCCGUCAAGAAUUCUUGUGUGUGACCCUUUUCAUUCAAACCAACAUUUGCUUUAGCUGUUAUUUCGCUGCUGAUGUUUUGCAACAUUGUUUCCAGCUAAUAGAUUCUUGAAUGUGAUUCAGCUAAAUCUAACAUAGUCAUAAACAAAACUGCUGAAAGUUUAGUGAUUUUUUUGUGUGCAGAAUAUGUCCUGCCACCUUGUGGAGGUUAUAUUAUUCUCAGAAUUGUCUAACUGGAAUAAAAAAACAUCACUAUUUGUAGCGUACGUCUCAUGUGCUGCAAUAGCCAUCAAUAGUGCAGCAGCCUAGUACAUUACCUGGAUUUGGGUAUCAAAGUAUUCCCCAACUCUUACAAGAUGUGGAAUAAAAGUAUACAGUAUAAAAUGUUACCAUUGUCAUGAUGGACUGUACUCUGCUAUGGCCCGAUGAGUUAUGUAGAUGAGAGGGAUCCGCUGGUUGUAUGUGAUCAGCUUUGACAUCAGUGCUGACCCUGGGUCAGUGGCCCCCGUGAUUCCCCUCUGAUUGCAUGGCUGUCCUAUUGAAUCAUCCCCGUGCUCCUCCGGACACACCUGCCUGCUCUCCUGCACAGAUCUGCGAUCAGACUUCAGAGGGACAUGGUUUUCAUCAGACUCCUGAAAGACAGCUGUGAUUACAAGAGCCAGGGUCUAACACUGUCUCAUCUGAUGCUUCCACAUGUGCCAAGCAGCGUCCGACAUCAUCCAACAUCAUGUUUUCUUCCCCAAUGUUCCAUUUCAUCCCAGGUAAUUGGACGCGUCUAUAUCACAGGAGCCUGCUCUUUCGAUCUUUUGUUAAAACUUUGACCCUUUCCUUUCAUUGUAGGAGCUGCAGUUGGAGCAUGCCCGCCAGGCCUUUGCCCAGAAGGAUAAGAAUAAGAGUGGUACCAUCUCUGCCAUGGACUUCAGCGACAUCAUGGCCACCAUCCGCCACCACAUGCUCACCCCCUUUGUGGAGGAGAACCUGGUCUCAGUGAGUUAGAGACAGCUAUGGUCUCCCAAUUUCAACAUGAGAUUAUUGUAUGAGGAGACCUCACAGUGUCUGUUCCUCUCUCCUCUAGGUCGCUGGAGGCAGCACCUCCCACAUGGUGAGCUUCUCCUACUUCAAUGCCUUCAACGCCCUCCUUAACAACAUGGAGCUGAUCCGCAAGAUCUACAGCACACUAGCUGGCACAUACAAGGAUACCCUCGUCACCAAAGGUAGCCUAGUCCUGCUGAAAGUGAGGGAUUAUGAUUUCAUACAUGAACUGAGGCUGUUCAGUACCAUCAUGGGAGUUUCACCUCUCUUGACAGAAUGGUGUCAGGAAACACAAGAACAUUUUACCCUAGCUCUAAGUAAAUAAGGUAAAUGUACACUGUAAUAUUCUGUUUUAUUAGUUUAGUCUGUUCCCUUAGAUCUGUGGAAUUAAUAGUUGACCUGUUCUGAUGGUGAUAGUUACCUGUGUUAUAGGAAUUUACCCUUUACCCUUUCACCUUUAGACUGUACAGCUGAUGUGGUUGGUUAUCCUUGCAGCAGGCCUACCCACCCACUGUAUCUCUAAAUCCCUAGUCUUAAUAAGUGACCCCCUGCCUGGUUUUCUUACAUAACAUGCCUUCCUCUGCUCCGUAUUCUACCACAGAGGAGUUUGUUAGUGCUGCCAACAAGUUUGGUCAGAUCAAUCCAAUGGAAAUUGACAUCCUGUACCAGCUCUCUGGCCUUUACGCUCAUUCUGGGUAAGGUUCAAACUCUCUCCAGUCUCAGUGACACAUCACCGCUGCUUUGUGCUUUUUACUCACACGCAUACAACAUGGUAUUUGCACUGCCAAAUAUUGAAUUACUGUCCUCCCCAUUAAUUCAAUAUAUCUAACACAUUUAUUGAAAAUAGCUUUUUCUGAUUAAUCUGUGAAUGGAAUAAAAAAGUUACAGCUAUAUUUAUUGGAUGUAAAUUCUAAGUUAUUGCCCAUUCAGUUUAGCAGUAGUGGCUCUACUGGUUGAUGUACGAAAUAAAUCUAAGCAUGGAUACAGACUUUAUGAUGCCAGUGGGGAAUAUAUGUGUCUCACUGGCAUUAAGAGAGCUUCAUUUACUGCUUGAGUUUUGGGCAUAUAUCCAGCUUUGUUUGUCUGUUGUGUAUACAAACUCAUAUUAAAGCUGCAAUAACCUCAAGUUAUAUGGCCAUAAAAUGUCUGUGGAAAAUCAUGCAUCAACUCCGUGUGAGGGAUGCUGUGUUUGGUUUUCCUGGCGUAACAUUGUGAUUCUCCCCUGCUGUUCUGAAGAAAGCUCAACUUGGCAGACAUUGAGAGGAUAGCACCGUUGGAGGAAGGCGCACUCCCAUAUCACCUGGCUGAGAUCCAAAGACAGGUACCUUGCCUGAAUGACUGUCCACAUGGAGCUUACCUGCUGCCUGUUAUCUGCUGCAUCCCUUGUUUCCCCCACUAUGCUUUCUCAUUAGAGAGCAACGAAAGGGAGUGUUUAAUGAUGGAAUUAGCAGAGUGCCAAUGUUUUCUCUUUCUUUGUGAAUGUGCAUUACACCACCUAGGAUAAAAGUCCCCCCCCCAAUUAUAGGUACAAAAGAGGAAUGGAUUGUUGCAAUGUUCCCUUUUUCUAAAAGCCUGUCCCAUUUUAUUCAGUGUAGACAUAUACAUCAGACGCAAUCAUACAUCUGAGAAUCUAAUAGGAUGCUUUUAUCAGGGUGGCUUUUCAGGAGUCUGCUAGUGUGUGAAGCCUCUGGCUGAGUCUGUUUAGAGUAGGAGGCUAGGAGGAUGAUGAGUGUGCUGGAGAGAGGUGGCUCUGGGAGGGAGGAGGAGGAAAUAGUUCCUAUCUUUCCAGACGACACAGCUCUGGAAAUCAGACUGUUGUCAGGCCUUGGUCCACUCAUGGUCCGGGACUUCUGCUCUGAGGUCUGGAAUGUGAAUUUGGGAAAAGGGAAAGACGCGAACAUGUUGUGCGUUCUCAGGUCCGCCCUUUGUGGAAGUAAGGUAAUUGCUUAAACUCUUUGAUCAAGGCCUCGAUCUCAUUAGCAUGCUGCCUUCAGUGAAAGCAGCUGGGUAGGAUGAAGGGCCUGGUCUGGGAGAUGUUGCUCACUGCCCCAAGGAGGGCAGACACACUCCAACUGUUACUCAGCCAGUGUAAUCAUUCAUGUGGAUGCUUAUCUCUACAUGGGAAAGGCUUGUGGGACUAAUCUGUUACACGGCACCACAGAGAAAACAAAGGGGCUCCACUUUCAAGAUCAAGAACAAAAGCAGAGAUGAAACAGAUAAUGCAAAAUCCUAGUUAUUAAAAAAAAUAGGAAAACCCUUAGCUUCCAGCCUCUACCUAGCUCCAUCGUAAUCAAUGGAUAGCCCUGGAGAGUUCUCCUACACAGUCAUUUACUGUAUCCGUAGCCAGAGUGUCUAUGUCGGUGACAUACAAUACUGGCUUAUGAAUAAGACUUUUACCACGACGAGAUGUCUACAUUCCAUAGCUAUCCUCCUCUGUUGAGUGGUCCAUAACGUUUUUCUUUCCACAAUGUAUCUGGUUCACUACAGUUUAAUAGAAGUUGAUUAUUUCCUGGUGUUCUGAUCCCCCGUCUUUCUCCACAUCAGUUUAUUUUCUCCCUCCACAGCAAACUCAUGGGGAUCCACAUCGGUCCGUCUUGCUCCAGGCUGCAGAGUCUGCUUACAGGUUUGGUCUGGGCGCACUCGCUGGAGGUGAGUGACAUGUCUGUGGCAGAGCCCCGGGCCCACUGAGGGGUAACCCAAGCCGGUCAGACUGGCGCACUGAGGCCCUGGGGCCAGGGCUGCCCAUUGUGCUGCAGGGAGACGUGCUCUGAUCUGAGGCUCCCGCAUUGUGCUGCUGUGCCACUGGUGGCUCCAGGCUGUCUUUGGAGCCGGAGCUUUGGAAUGACACAAAUCUUCCGGAACUGCACUGGAAUCUCUGUCUAAUUACACUGGGAGGAACUAAUAUAACAGCCAUUGAGAUGUGUGUGUUUGUGCGUGCGUGCAACCAACAUGCAACAUUCUAAGAGCCUACUGUCUCAGUGGGUCUUUGAUCUAGAAGCUCAGGAGGGUGAUCAGUUCUGAAUGAUCAAUGGACAGUUGAGGGUCAGAAGUCUUGUGAAGCAUUGUGAAGACGGUGCCUCUCCAUGGCGAUAAUGAGACCUUUCCCACCCUCUCUUGCUGACGAAGGGUGAGAGAGCUCUCUGCAUGCUUGAGAGCCCGAGUCAUUACAGGGCCUUUGAUGUCAGAGACAAGACAUGACAAGCCGCUGUGGCUAAGAGCUGCAUUUAGGGCAACCUGCUGCAUGGCUGCAUCCUCAGACAGUAGACACCCUCUACACUAUGGCUCUCCUACAGACUCCUAAAUAGUCACUACUCUGUCUGGGCCUAAUGACUGUUUUUAACUCCUUUAUAUGCCCACAUCUCUCUAUUUAUCACUGAAGCAAAACACUAAAACACCAAUCUUUAGAUAUACCCCACCUAAAAACUGUCUGCUAAAUAGUUAAAAUAAUGAUAAAGAUAUUUGCUGUGUCUGAAUAUAUGAAGAUCAUAGGAUAUUAUCACCAAGAAGAGUAUGUUGACGGUGUGAAUACAGUUUGUUGAUGAUGUUAAUGCAGUAUGUUGAUGGUGUGAAUACAGUUUGUUGAUGGUGUGUUGAUUGACAUUUGUGAUUUGCAGCCACCGGUGCGACGGCUGUGUACCCCAUUGACCUGGUGAAGACCCGUAUGCAGAACCAGCGCUCCACCAGCUCCUUCGUAGGAGAACUAAUGUACAAGAAUAGCUUUGACUGUGCCAAGAAAGUGCUCCGAUACGAGGGAUUCUUUGGAUUCUAUAGAGGUAUAAACUAAAGCCUGGUGAAUGGGUUUCUAUUAUGUAAUGCUAGAUACGGUCAUCUGGUCUGGCACAAAUGGUGGCAAAACAAGUUACGUUGUUGUGACAGUAUCAUCAUCAGCAUGUUUUGCAUAAUAACAGAAACAUUUACCAAGUCUAUGGAAGGUCACAUUGUCAUUACCUAGCUAGCUGAAAAAGUCCCAGAGGUAAAAGAACUCAUGUAGUACUGUCAGAUCCAUGUUUUCCAGUGUAGUGAUAACGGUGCUGACGGCUUGUGAUGUAUAACACUCCCACAGUGAGGGCUCUCAGAUGAAGGAAGUCAAGACUGCCAUCUACUGCUGCCUCUGCCACUGCAGCUCUUUGUUUAUCCUCUCUGCUUGGCUUUCCCCCUCCCUCUUUAUCUUUCCACACUGAUCAGAGGGGUGAUUGACUGAGAGACAGACACGCUUGGCUGUUUUCUGGCUGCAUACCACAAGCAGUCACUCAGCAGCUCCUUCAGAAGUUUAUCUGGCUUGCUGAAGGACGGACGGUGAAAUAGUACGGUGGUUAUCAGCGCUAUAGCACUGCCCCCUCUCUCACCAGGGCCACACAGCUCUCUCUGUUCUACACCACACAGGGAUCAGUCCACAACAAUACUGAGCCCAUACAACUGCCAGUGUCAUAUUUGAGCUUUUUGUCCAUUUCAAUGGGAGCCAUUGUCGUUUGGUUCAUCAGAUGUAGCAGCCGUAUCUGUCAAUAUUUAUGGGUUUAUUUUACCCAGACAAGAAUCAUGCAGAUUUCAUUGUGGUAACUGUCAAUGGAUAUAUUCAUUUCCAGUCGGAGUGUCUUCCUCUGUCAGGUAAUCUAAAUGGUCUCCAUGAAUACUGUUUUUCAGGUCUCGUACCACAGCUUAUCGGUGUUGCCCCAGAGAAAGCUAUCAAACUGACGGCAAGUCAUUACAAACCCUUAGAGUGCCUUCACUUUCAUUGCACAAGAAGGAAAAGUUGUACUAUUUGUAUGUUAAAUAUGAAUACUGUCUCACAGAAAAUACAAUAUGUGACUAGAUGCACUCAUUGUCAUUCUCUUUGAGCAUUUCUUUUUUUAAAGAUGUACAUUGUGGUUGCCUGAUUCUCUUUUCUUACAGAUGAAUGACUUUGUAAGAGACAAAUUCACCACAGAGGAUAACACAAUUCCCCUGUUUGCAGAAGUCCUGGCUGGGGCAACUGUAAGUAUUGGUGUGAGGAUGUCUUCGUAUAGACAGUCUGUCUAUUCAGAGUGAGGGCUGAAAAGACUUGUGUGCUUCAUGCAAAGCAAAGGGAAAGCGUUGGCAGCUGCUACAUUGACUCGCUUAAAUCUAAUUGAUCUUGAUGUGGGGGAACUGAAACAAGAUUUUUGUUGAAACUAAAACAUUAUUUAAGAUUUUCUCUUUCAGUUUGUGAACAUUUGCAUCUCAUGGGUGUAAAUUGUGAAUUCCAGAUAUUGAGCUAAAGGGGGCCAUUUUUGUGGUUUUCCAACUCUUUCAACUUUAAGGUUUAGCUUAAUUAUUUCUGACUGAUCUGGAACCACAAUUAUAAACUUUUCAUUUUCAAUUUGAAUUACGGACAUUGAAUUAUUGUAUAUGAAUUUAAGCUCUAAUUCAAGUUUUCCGCCAGUGUAUUGACAUCCUAAAUAAGUGGCGGGCUGGAUAGAAAGGUGCUCUUUGGUCUCUGAACCCUCUAAUUGGGCACAAUUUGAGAAAUUAUGUCUGUGAAUGGAAUAUCUUUUACCUCAGUGUGGUAAUUUGGCACCCUGUAACGUUUGGUGAGUGCAUUGGUGGAUUAAAGCGUGUAAUUCCAUCACCCUACCUCUCUGCUAAAUUAGUCUAAGUGAAACGAAACAGACAGGGCGGGGAAGAGAGCCUGCAGGUUGCCUACGGAGGGCAGGGUCUGCAGGGUUGUGACCCCUGUCAGCCUGUAAUUGGAGGAAGAAGGCCUGGAGGGCCCUGGAUGGAGCUGGCUUUACCUCACUGUGAUUGAGUUUGACAGGACUGCACAUACCUGAGGCCUGAUCUGCCAUGGGCACCACAGUUCCAUACACCAUACAAGUACAACAACAAGCAUAGUCCCAGUCAGUAUUAGAUAGAAUGCCCACCUGUAUGGAAAACAACCUGUUUUAGGUUACCCCAUUGGCUCACAGCAAAAAGCUGACCCUUUUCAAAUGCAAUUUUCUUGUUGUCUGCUUGUUUGAGUCAAUUACAAAACUACAUUUAAGAAAAGUACAACAUUGCCUGCUCCAGAGGAUUCUCACUACUUAUAAAAACGUUAUAUUGUAGGGAUUCCCUCAUGCCCCUUUUCAUGACAGUGCUAGCAGCCACGUGACUGAGUGCUAGUUAGCUACCGACCGGAACAUUAAGCUAGCCAAGACCAACAACACAAACAAACGGACUAUACAGCUACAAGUAGUGAGUAGAGAAACAAAUGGACUAUACUAAACAAGUUAAAUGUCUUACCUGUGAAUAAAUGUUUUCAACACACAUACUGUAGCUACGUGUAGCCUACUUGGACACCAGGUCCCCACAUUUCCCACUCUCCCAUGCUGAAUAGCCUGAAGCCACAGGGCUCUUCUCGCAGGCUCUAUUUCCCUACGUGGGAGCAUUGCGAUCCGUAGGUCGGGAUGUUUGACCUGGUUACAUGUACAUUGAACAACACAGCAGCUUUUCGGCAUGUUUUGCUUUUUCUGUACAAGUAAAAAUCUACAACGAAGUUGGCACUUUUACGAUGGGGGUGAAUGGGAAAUAAUGUUUGUUUUCCCCAAUGUGUGGGUGUUGUCGAGGGAAAUUCCUUAUUAUUCCGUUAAUAUCGACUCGGGAGUAUAGCAUGCCCCCUAGAACUUUCAAUUAUGGUAACCUUCUAGUUCUGGUGAAGGACUCCACCCAGCAAUAUUAUUAAUCUUAUCUAAUAUACUACGUAUAUUUAUUUAUGCUAGAUUCUUCCCAUAGUAUUAAUUUCUUGCACAUCAGAUGAACAUGGUCUUCAUGUAAAGUGGUUUCACAUUGUAGAAGGCAAAUGUUUUGCUAGUUUGUGGAGGUGGACUGUAAGGUUAUCCCUCCUGACUGAGUGAAUAAGUGGAAAAGAUAAAGAAGAUAGAUGGGAUGAAUGCAUACAUCUUCAGAGUAGCGGAUAUUCCCCUUCCACUUUGAAAAUGACUAAACGUGCCUGAGCUUUUUUUAGGACAGCGCUCGGAUGUUUACAGAUAGGACCCCUGCCCUCUGUGUCACCAGCAGGCAUCCAGAGGCCUGAUUCAAUUUGGGGAGGGUGAUAAAUGUGCCUGAGUCAGAGAGGCUGCACCCUGGGGCGUCCCUGCCAGGGUCCUGAGCAGAGCAGGGUGAUUCAAUGCACUCCCCUGGGAGUGGGGUGAAUUGGGGAAGUGUGCGGGGCGAGGUUGGGCUGGGCCACUCACCCCUCCACAGGAGGUGCCUGGGGGAGAGGGAAGGGGCAGAGGGCUGGUGCUGGGGUCAGGGCCUUCUAGCCAUAAGCAAGGCUUCUCCUCACACCACGCCUGUUCCUCCCUGACCCCACUGUUUCCUCCCUCAAUGCCUGCUUGUUUCUCCUGCUCCCAUCAAGGCCACUUUCUGACAGCUUGACAUCAGCACUUGAAAAGAGUGUCUUUUGUGUUUGAGUUUACCAAGCUAAUUUGAAAAUGCUUAUUGGGGUGAAAUGCUUAGACGCCAUAAGUCAUUAUCAUCCUCACCACAGGCUGACCACUGAGAUGUUGUAAAACCUAUUAACCCCACUUAAUCAUAGGACACAAGUAAAAAACAAAAAUGUACGAUUGUCUUGAUUUACUUACUGUAAGUGAUAACUUUCAUUUGACCAUUUCAGUUUUUCAUUAUAACACAGAACUGAUGGUUGCUGAUAAUGGGCAUCUGUACGCCUAUGUAGAUAUUCCAUUAAAAAUCAGCCGUUUCCAGCCACAAUAGCCAUUUACAACAUUAACAAUGUCUGCACUGUAUUUCUGAUCAAUUUGAUAUUAUUUUAAUGGACAAAAAAAUUGCUUUUCUUUCGAAAACAAGGACAUUUCUAAGUGACCCCAAACUUUUGAACGGUAGUGUAUAUAUUUUUUGUGAGACAACGUACGGCAGAAAGAGAGCAAGACAAAAAUAGUGCAUAAAAUUGUUUUGGCAGAUUGAGACCUACACUGCUGUGACUGGUGCGCUGUGACAUGUACCAUUUGUUUCUUCUUACCCUUAACCUGGGUUGUGUUCUGCAGGCUGGAGGAUCCCAGGUGAUCUUCACCAACCCUCUGGAGAUAGUCAAGAUCCGUCUCCAGGUGGCUGGAGAGAUCACCACGGCCCGCAGGGUCGGUGCCCUGACCGUGGUCAGGGACCUGGGCCUCUUUGGACUCUACAAGGUGGGUAAACCCCUCUACAUCAUCAGCUUCACUAACACAUCACACAUCACCUCUUAAAACCUAUGUUAUGGCCUAACUUAAUAACCUGUGCAUGAUGUCACCCCCAAGCGUAGCUUAUGUUGCUGUGAUGUCGAACAAUAAAUACUGUAUGACUGUGUAACAAUGCUGAUAUUACAUAAGACACUUUUGCAAUAUGAGAGUUCUGAUGGGCAGGCACAGUCUGUGGUAGGACGACUAGCUAGAAUCCCUACUGACUGUUAUAAUCAUAUUAUUUCUUUCCAAAACAGUGUUUAACAUGCAGAGAGACCACGGCUGCCAACAACCAACAGUAAAUUAUGCUUAGCUACUGCUCCUUUCCAAGUUCUUGUCGGUUUACUUACAUCUCGAGUAAUGUGUUCAUGGUUCAUAUUUUAAUGAGUAGCAGACAAUGCGGAGCUUGUUAAAAGAGACUGACUUCCUCCCUGCGGAUGGGCCCAGUAGACCAUGGGUCCAUGUUAAUGCCGUCUCUGUGUGUGUCUGAGAAACUGUGUGCUGUGCUGGGAGGGAGAGCUCUCUGGGGGCCCCGGGGGAACCAUGGGGGGUAGCAGCACUGCCUGAGGGCCUUCUGGCUCCUGCUGUGACCGACCGCACCGCCAGGUUCCUCUGUGGGUUGGCUGAGGCUCACAGCCUGCCAACAAUAAUCCACUGGAGCUCCCAGGCCAGAUGAUCCCAAAGCCACAGCGGCCGCCUCAACCACUGCCUUACCCUCUCCACCAUCAGGGUCAAUCAUAUUGGAAAAUAUUCAGUGCAUUAGAAUAUUCAGCACAGAAGAAUAUUCAGUACAGUAGUCCAAAUCUGGACUAAAGAGACCAGAUGUCUACACUACUUAACUAAUUUGUUGUUGAUGAUUCCAAAUAAACCUGUGCAAUAUUCUAUACUGUAUUUCUAGUAUAUAAUUUUUUUUUCUAAAAGCACUCUAAGCAUCAUCCUGAGAAAAUAUUUUACAGAAAUUCAGGCAGGUCUAAAUGCAUUUUACAUUUCAUGUACCGUGAAAAUGCGAUAUUCUUGCGGGUGUAGUUAUUACAUAAAAUAAAUCAUUUUGUGUUUGUGUGUCCUAGGGAGCGAAAGCCUGCUUUCUGCGUGACAUCCCGUUCUCUGCCAUCUACUUCCCUGUGUACGCCCACACCAAGGCUGAGUUUGCAGACGAACAGGGCAGAAUUGGACCUCUGCAGCUGCUCACUGCUGGUGCCAUAGCAGGUAGCUAGCGCUAUCAACCACAGCUGCAAACCUCACCAUCUCAACUUAUAGACAUAGCAUCAACACUAGAGACCUGAAUAAAUGCUUCAAUCAAUUGAAUAUUUUAUCAUAUAUAUUCUAUAUAAUGGUAAUACUUUCUAUAACAUGUACAGUAAAUGACUGUACAUUCUGUUCCUUUUCUAUUUUAAACCUGGCAUUGUACUGCAUUGCUUGUCAUCAGUGGUGAUACUAUUCCUGCAUAGUGAGAGUGCCUCAUUAUGUGGGUUGUGCAACACCUCCUAAGGUAUACCUGCUGCCUCCCUGGUGACCCCUGCUGAUGUCAUCAAGACCAGGCUCCAGGUGGCGGCCCGCGCAGGCCAGACCACAUACAACGGAGUCAUAGACUGCUUCAGGAAGAUCAUUGCUGAGGAGGGCUUCAGGGCCCUGUGGAAGGGAGCAGGAGGUAAGCACGCACACAUGCAUGCGCUCCACAAAUGAGCAGUUUCAUGACUGGGAAAUGAGGCACUCCUUGGCUCCCAUAAUUGCUCUCUUGAAGACAUCAGAGAAAAUGUGAAAUCCCACAUUGUAAUUUCAACGUCUCUCCCACCAGCCCGUGUCUGCAGGUCCUCGCCACAGUUUGGUGUAACCUUGGUGACUUAUGAACUCUUGCAGAGAUGGUUCUACGUUGACUUUGGAGGACAGUGAGUAUUUCUGUCUGGUUCACCCAGUGGCGAUGUUAGCAUGUAAAUCAUGGUGGGGCAAAAAAACAAAACAAUGGGGGAUGCAUGCCACUAUAACGGUGACAAACGGUGCCCACAAACUGUUAUAAAGCUGUCCCAACAGCAGAGCUUUCUUUUCAGCACCAUGGAGUGAAUCCUUACCACCGCUACACCUGGCUAUCAGCGGAGCCUUGUCUGGCAGCGAAACAGUUCAUUCAGCCUAAUUUAUUGCCUUUAAAAAAUAUAUAGCUGAUAUGGCUGAAUUGCUUAAAUAAAUGUGGUUUCUACUGACAAUUGAGAUGUACAAACUAUGGCAUAAGGGAACGAUGAGCUGAUGAGGGGCAAUACGUAGUUUAGAUUAAGACAUUAAUGAGCAAGCUAAGACGGAUGUAGUCAAUAUAACUAUUUGAUCAGCACUUUUGAAAUGUACAGUGACAGAAUUCAGAACAUGGGCCAUUCUUACAUUAUUCUCCCUGUACACCAAGUCAGAACCGUAGGAUAAAUAAAGGGGGCAUAUAAGCAAUAUUUGAUCAUGACAUUUCUCUAAAACAGGUUAUAGGCUACAUGUGCACCACCAAGUCAGAACAGUAGGCUACGUUAUGAGGGGGAAAGGGACCAAAUUAUUAGGGUGAGGCAUAUGGGCUACUAACAGCUUACUACACAACAUACACUUAUUAUUACUUUCUUAGCUACAGUAAACAUACAGUGGGGGAAAAAAGUAUUUAGUCAGCCACCAAUUGUGCAAGUUCUCCCACUUAAAAAGAUGAGAGAGGCCUGUAAUUUUCAUCAUAGGUACACGUCAACUAUGACAGACAAAAUGAGAAAAUAAAAUCCAGAAAAUCACAUUGUAGGAUUUUUAAUGAAUUUAUUUGCAAAUUAUGGUUGAAAAUAAGUAUUUGGUCAAUAACAAAAGUUUCUCAAUACUUUGUUAUAUACCCUUUGUUGGCAAUGACACAGGUCAAACGUUUUCUGUAAGUCUUCACAAGGUUUUCACACACUGUUGCUGGUAUUUUGGCCCAUUCCUCCAUGCAGAUCUCCUCUAGAGCAGUGAUGUUUUGGGGCUGUCGCUGGGCAACACGGACUUUCAACUCCCUCCAAAUAUUUUCUAUGGGGUUGAGAUCUGGAGACUGGCUAGGCCACUCCAGGACCUUGAAAUGUUUCUUACGAAGCCACUCCUUCGUUGCCCGGGCAGUGUGUUUGGGAUCAUUGUCAUGCUGAAAGACCCAGCCACGUUUCAUCUUCAAUGCUCAAAAUCUCACGAUACAUGGCCCCAUUCAUUCUUUCCUUUACACGGAUCAGUCGUCCUGGUCCCUUUGCAGAAAAACAGCCCCAAAGCAUGAUGUUUCCACCCCCAUGCUUCACAGUAGGUAUGGUGUUCUUUGGAUGCAACUCAGCAUUCUUUGUCCUCCAAACACGACGAGUUGAGUUUUUACCAAAAAGUUCUAUUUUGGUUUCAUCUGACCAUAUGACAUUCUCCCAAUCCUCUUCUGGAUCAUCCAAAUGCACUCUAGCAAACUUCAGACGGGCCUGGACAUGUACUGGCUUAAGCAGGGGGACACGUCUGGCACUGCAGGAUUUGAGUCCCUGGCGGCGUAGUGUGUUACUGAUGGUAGGCUUUGUUACUUUGGUCCCAGCUCUCUGCAGGUCAUUCACUAGGUCCCUCCGUGUGGUUCUGGGAUUUUUGCUCACCGUUCUUGUGAUCAUUUUGACCCCACGGGGUGAGAUCUUAAGUGGAGCCCCAGAUCGAGGGAGAUUAUCAGUAGUCUUGUAUGUCUUCCAUUUCCUAAUAAUUGCUCCCACAGUUGAUUUCUUCAAACCAAGCUGCUUACCUAUUGCAGAUUCAGUCUUCCCAGCCUGGUGCAGGUCUACAAUUUUGUUUCUGGUGUCCUUUGACAGCUCUUUGGUCUUGGCCAUAGUGGAGUUUGGAGUGUGACUGUUUGAGGUUGUGGACAGGUGUCCUUUAUACUGAUAACAAGUUCAAACAGGUGCCAUUAAUACAGGUAACGAGUGGAGGACAGAGGAACCUCUUAAAGAAGAAGUUACAGGUCUGUGAGAACCAGAAAUCUUGCUUGUUUGUAGGUGACCAAAUACUUAUUUUCCACCAUAAUUUGCAAAUAAAUUCAUAAAAAAUCCUACAAUGUGAUUUUCUGGAGAUUUUUUUUUUCAAUUUGUCUGUCAUAGUUGACGUGUACCUAUGAUGAAAAUUACAGGCCUCUCUCAUCUUUUUAAGUGGGAGAACUUGCACAAUUGGUGGCUGACUAAAUACUUUUUUCCCCACUGUAUCUCCCUGGCAUAUUACAUCAUUUAUGCAGUAGCAUACAAUACAUUUUUGGACUCACCAUUGUGCUGUGCUCACUUGAACAGGAAGGUGGCGUGGCGGACCUUCUUGUGGGCAAAUUUUGUUGUGAGACUUUGUCAUCAAAGUCUGGCAUUCUCUGGAUUUAUGGUGCUUUCAAGACAACUGGGAACUCUGAAAAAAACAAGGUUGAAUCAUGACGUCAGUGAUCUUCAGGUCAGAGCUCUAGAAAGAGGCCAGAGUUCCCGACUGGGAAUUCCGAGUUGGAUGACCGUUCAAAACUUAUUUUCCUAGUCUGAGCGUUUUUCCUAGUUCCCAGUUGUCUUGAACUCACUGAAGUCUGAGAUUUCCCAGUCCCGAGUUUCCAGUUGUUUUGAACGCGGCAGAAGUCAUGCUGCAUUGACAGCAUGGCCAAUGUAUUCAACCUUUUCUGGCCCAUGGUGUUGCAUGUGAAUGUUUAUCCUUUUAAGCUUCGAAAAGAGACCCUUAAACCCAGACUUGGACAACACACCCUAUCCACCAAAUAGCAGGGGAAGCAAAAUAGUGAUUGCUCUGCAAUGCUUGCAGUUAACCACUGAUUCCUUCCGAACCACUCAUUGUUGAAUUUGCGAUUUCCAACAUGUUGUGUUAUGUUUAUGUCCAAUGGCCGAUGAGCACUGAUACGUUUUAUCUAUAAUUUCUCUUCAUAUGACAAGGAUUGAACAGGAUUUUCCAGUAGAUUUUCGACCUGAUGAUGACUGCUUGUCUAGCUUGCUAGCUAAGAUUUUGAAAGUAUGAUGUUGACAUGAUCAGUCCAAUCAAAGCUACAGUAGAUAUAACGUGAUUUGACAUCCUUUGUCUGUGGCCAAUGACCUUGAGCCUUCUUGGAUGGGCACUUCUAAUGUAAAUCUAUGGCAGCACCCAAGGGGCCUUGAACUUUCUAGCUCUCCCUGUAGAUUCUGCAGUGACGUAGUGUCCCCAUGAGUGACAGAACACUUAGCCAAUCACAUCGAAACUAGAGAACAUUACCAACCCCUAUGCUCUGUAUUUUCCGCUGGCUGCCCCGCCACCACAGAAAGCACUGAGCUAGGCUGAAACACCUGCAUUUUGGAGCUGCCUUACUCAACAAAGCAAAAAAGAGACCAUGUUUUUAUUGCAGCUUUAUUGACUCAAUACAUUUUUUUUUUUUUACAUUGUUUGCAAACUGAUAUGUGACGGGUAUUAAUGCCAAAAUAACAUGCAAAACAUGCCCUGCCCUGAAUGAAGUGUUGCCACUGGGUUCACCUUUAGUGAACUAAAGUAUUUUGUCUGUAUGUUAAUUAUCCUUCCCAAAUCUUUUGUCCCCAGUCGCCCCACUGGCUCUGAGCCAACUCCUAAGUCGAGGAUCUCCGACCUUCCCCCUGUAAGUGCCGACCACUUAGGAGGCUACCGUCUGGCUGCUGCCACGUUCGCUGGCGUGGAGAACAAGUUUGGUCUACACCUGCCCAAGUUCAAGUCUUCUGGAGCAGGGUCUGUUAGCCAAGCCCCUGCCCCGCCCAAAGAGGAGCCUACGGCCUCGUAG